AUGUCUGGAAUUGAUCCUCGAUAUUUGGCGACAUAUACAGAUAACAGCGCUGGAUACAUUGCUACAGUCUACCAGAAGCCAGAAGAUUCUCUAAAAUCUACAACACUCGAACCACGUUUAGUUGAAAAUCAACAACCACAGAAAAAGUGUAAAGAUGUUACAAAGAACUCAUUACAUUUGACCCAGAGCUGUAAAGACAAAGUUUCUGUUUUCACCCCUCGGUACCUCAAGGCUGAAGUUUCAAAGGCUGUGGACAGGAUGUGUAGAAUAAAACAUACUUCUAUUUCUAAAAUAGAGCCUUCGAAGAAACAAACGGAAAUUGAUUUAUUGAAGAACGAGGUACAGUAUCAAGUUAAAACUCGAGGGGAGAAACUUAAAGAACUAUAUAAAACUGGCACACGCGUAUAUUCUGGAUCUGUUGAGAACAUCCUGAAAUGGCAUAAGUCGCUGCAGGACAUUGGCAUCAUGGUUCUUUAUGAGAUUGUCGGUAAAUGUGUCAGCGUAAGAGCCGGGGAAUCUUGCGCUAAGAACUUGGUCGUGAGAGAUGAUAAUGGACCAGCCAUUCAAGUAGUCUACUAUGAAAUAGACUUUUUGUUGCCGGAAUUGAAAAUACCUUGUAUGAUAAGGGUAAUAGGACGUAUUAUGCCGGGAACAAGUAGAUUGCAAGCGUUCAAUGUGCGACCCGCGACAGGAGAUGACGUCGCCUCAUUGCCACGUCGCGCUGCUGUCGCUUCUCAUCACAUCACGAAGCUUUGCAAAGAAUAUUUCAAUUAA